CGAAAAGAAUUAUUCGAAAGGUGGCGCUGCUGGAAGGAGAAUUUUUUUUUGAAAAAAGAUACUGUCAGACAUUGAGCUCUUAAAUUUUGGAGAAACAUUUUGUGGUCUGGACUAUAACGCAGGUGAAUCAGGAUAUGAGACCACAACGAAUUACAAAAGCUUCAACAGAUCUUCUUGUGUAGAAUAGUAGCUGCAGAGCUGUAGAUCCAUCGGUAAUUUUAACAACUUUGGAACAGCCUGGCCAAAUCAUCAACACUUAAGAAGUAGAUUCUACAUACUAUUCUAUCAAGCAAGACUGGAAUUGAUCUCAUCCUUUUAUGUGCAAUAUAAUCAGGAUCUAGUCACGUAAACCUGAAACUGUGAUAUUAAAGUGUGGAUCUGACAGGAUUCUAGUGCAUACCAUAACCAUUAUGUCUCCAAUGAGAUACUCUCAAAGUGAGCCUGUCAUACAGAAUGGACAUGCAGCGACAAAUGGAAUCAAGGGUAAACCAGGACUGCGUCGUAACAGCAGUAUCAUUCCACUAGUUCCAACAACGCACAAAGAGGACGUUCCCCUUGUAUUCAGAGAGCCUCAUAUUAACGGUGGUUUCCGCCAGGUUGACCAGCCGUGGCAUUAUUACUUCUUGAGUAUAUUCCAAGUCCACAAUGAAGUCAUGAAUGUCUGGACUCAUCUUAUUGCAGCCAUAGUUAUGAUCAGCAAAAUCUGGAAAUACUCGCAUGAAGUUGAUUUCGUGAAUGAUGCCUACACGUGGCCAUUUCUAGCUGGUUUAAUAUGUGGAUCACUGUUGUAUGUCUGUAGCAGUGGAGCUCACUGUUUCCAGUCGAAAUCAGAAUUAGUUCACUAUGUUGCCUUUAUGGUCGACUAUGCAGGUAUAGGACUGUAUGGCCUGGGGAGUGUUAUUGUACAUUAUCAAUACUGCAGUGAGGAUAGCCUAUACGAGUUGCUCAAGAAUGUCUACUUGCCAGUUGGUUGCCUUCUAGGCUUUUGUAUAUGUCUAUGUUGUACUAUAUCAAAGAUAUAUUACACUAGGCCUUACCCAUUCACCCGUAAAAUGUGGCAAAUGACGCCAGUGGGUUGCAUUUACAUAUGGUUAAACAUGCCGAUUGUUCACAAGGUUUACAAUUGUUAUAUGUAUGAGCAUGGCUGUGGAGAAAGUUUCACUUACCAUAUACAUCAGAUCCUCUGGUUUUUAGCAAGUGCAAUCUUCUUUGCUUCGUCCUAUCCUCAGAAGUUUAACCCAGGAAUGUGUGACUUUAUUGGACACAGUCACCAACUUUUCCACAUCUGCAUUAUGAUUUGCACCAGCAUUCAAAUGGAUGGUGUAUUUCUAGAUAUGCAACAAGAUCGUGAGCAUUUGAUCAAAAGGGGCAUACCAACAUUUAUGGAUGCCUUCGGGCCUGUUAUUCUCGUUGUAGGAUUAGAAAUUUUGAAUAUAGCCAUAUUUCAAAAAAUAGCAAAAGAUAAAAUAGCAAAAGAGAGUAAGAGUAACGUUAAAUUUGAAUAAAAAAAAUAAUGAUUCCUAGUUCAAUAGAUGGACUAUAUUGACAUGAGAUCAUAUAUUAUUAAUAAAAUUAAACCUUAUCAUAUCAAACUGUACCUUAAGCCAUUUACAGAUUAAAUGUUUACUUAGCAGUCAUCCAAAAUCUCACUGAUUAAUCGCUAUCAAUUUUUCAAGUUUGAGACCAAACUGUGAAUUUGGCAAAUUUGUCAUUCUUAGAAUAUUGGAUUUGGAUUUGUUGGAUUUUGGGAUUUGGACGUUAUUUAGUCAAUGGUUGACAUUUUUCAAAGAAGAAUGCUAUUAAUCCACAACCAAUAUAAACAUUUAAAUUGACAAUCUUGCGCAAAAUUCGGGAAUCGCCAAUUUAAAGCACAUACCUAAUUAACCAAUUUACUAUAGGCCUACAGUUUAAAGUUAUAUGUAAUUUGCUUAAACUUAGAAUGUAUACAAGCUGAAUAUAAGAGUAACCCUGAAAUUUCAUUACUACACUCUGAGUAUGAUAGACAAGUUUACAGUUUCGAUGAUGAUCAGAUUUUAAAGACCCACAAAGCUGCUGCCAUUGCCUUUUAAUUUAUAGAGUUUGAAUUUGAAACAAGGCCAGCAAAUGUUUCAACAAUUCUACCAAGGUACGAG